UCGUAUUAAGUGAAUGCACAAGUAUAUAUUUUGUAGUGUAUGAACAUAAAUAUAGAGAUAUGGAUUCCUUAAAAGAGUGUUCAUGUGCGCCGUUUGCUGGAUGUUCUUACGAGGAAGUGCUCGAACAAGCACCGUGUCCGCCCCCAUUCUUCUAUAGUAGAUUCGCCGCGUACGCUAUUGUUCAAUCCCUUUGCAGUCCUCAGAUCUGUAAAAUUGCCAAGAGGUGUAUGACAACAUUACCAACAAAUGACUCACAACAGAUCAUACAGAGUAUCUGUUUCCCGACUACGCCGACAUUCUCGACAACGCCGAAAACAACAAUAAAAACACCACUAACAGCAACAGCAUCAAUAACAGCAACUACAACAACUAAUAUUAUAACAACAACGACGACGGCGAUGAUGCCAACAAUACCACAUACAACACCUGUGCCACCUCCACCGUGUUUCAGUUCAGGUUGCUUGAUCGCACUGAUUGUGACUUUAGUCCUCGUUUUCAUCAUAACUACUUGCAUCGUUACUUUGGUUGUGAAGUAUAAACGCAACGGCAAAUUUCAGAUAGGAAAGUGGAAAUCGUUCAGCCUUUUUAGAUAUAGAAGAAAUACGGAUCAAAAAGAUUUAUUCGUUCGAACAGAAAAUAAAAUGAAAGUUUGUUUUGACAAUCCUAAUUACAGUAUGUGUUUUGAGACAAUCGAAACUCACGAAUUCCAAGAACGUGCAAGAAUUUCUAACAAAACAUCAGAUGUUCAGGGAUCCAUUGUUGAAAGCAGAAUUUCAAAAACUGAAGUCGAAUUGCAUAAGAAGUGGAAGGAUGAAGGGUGUACUCUUGACACUAUCAUAACCGACCAGGUUAGGUCAGUUAUUCUGGUUGAAAAGAAACCAGUCGAACAACACAUGCAAGAAGAAUUAAGUGGUUCUAGAUCGAGCAGCAUAUUAAAUGAUAAAGAAACUGGUCUUAAUGAAAACAUGCUAGCAGACAUUAGUGAGAUUGGUUCAGCAAACACGGCGGUUUUGCAUGAAGAACAUGAAAAAACUGAAACAAUUAAUAAUGAGACAUUCAAUGCACAGAUAAAGCCCCUAGAGGAAGACAAAACAAAAGAGAAUGUUAAAGACUGUGAUGGUGAUGAUGGUGCGGAGACUAUUCAAGGAAACCUCGAAACUAUAGAUAGGGAGACAGUUGGUACAGCAACGGAAACAUUUGAUGAAAUUAGAAACAGUGUGGCAAAUAUUACAACAACGAAGAUAUUUGAUGAACCUAGAGAUAGUGUAACAAUUGGUACAGCAAAGGAGAUAUCUGAUGAAACUGGACAUAGUUUGUCAAAUGGAACAGCAAAUGAGAUAUCUGAUGAAACUACAGAUAGUGUGUCAAAUGGUACAGUAAAGGAGGUAUCUGAUGAAACUAGAAAUAGUGAGACAAGUGCUACAGCAACAGAUAUAUCCGAUAAAACAGACGAUACUGAUACAACUUGUACGGACACGGAGGUAUUUCAUGAUAAUGUAACUAAAGAAGACAUAUGUGACAGCACUUUCAAUAUGCACGAAUCGAUAGCAUAGGUACGUCAGACAGAAGGGGUUGUGGGAAACAAAUAUCAGUGAGAUAAAUAGAAUUACUAAGAGAUGUCUAAUGAGAAAGAGGAAAUUACUGCAAGUGAAGAAACGGUGUAAACUUAGUUUUCCAAACAGAAAUUUUGCUUGCUGUGAUAGAGGGAAACGGUCAUUCGCUAAAUUACAAAACGUGAUAUCACUAUUGAUAGAGAGAACGCUGUAUAAAAUGCUUGUUGUGUAAAUAGUUUCUUUUGCCAUUAAAAUUCAAUAUAAAGGACAACAUAAAGAUA